CUGACCCAGCCUACCAUCAUCGUCACCGCGAACAAUAGAAGGACCGCUGCAGGGCCGCUGCUCUCUCAGGAUUGUCCGCAAAAAUCAAACGAUGAACAACAGCAUUUACCUUACACCGUACAUCUGACGCAGACGGAAUAUAUUCACAUCCAUUUUUAUAUUGAAAAAAAUCCUGUGAAAGAUGGCGAACGAUUCCCCUGCUAAGAGUCUGGUGGAGAUAGACCUCGCCUCUCUGCGCGACCCUGCUGGCAUCUUUGAGCUGGUGGAGGUGGUCGGAAACGGCACGUAUGGACAAGUAUACAAGGGUCGACAUGUUAAAACUGGACAGCUGGCGGCCAUCAAAGUCAUGGAUGUGACUGAAGAUGAAGAAGAGGAGAUUAAACUAGAGAUUAAUAUGCUGAAGAAAUACUCCCAUCACAGAAACAUUGCCACAUAUUACGGAGCGUUCAUCAAGAAAAGCCCACCAGGACACGAUGACCAGCUCUGGCUGGUGAUGGAGUUCUGUGGUGCUGGAUCAAUAACAGACCUGGUGAAGAAUACUAAAGGAAACUCACUGAAGGAAGACUGGAUUGCAUACAUCUCCAGAGAAAUACUCAGGGGUUUGGCUCACCUGCACGCCCAUCACGUCAUUCACAGAGACAUUAAAGGGCAAAACGUGUUGCUCACUGAAAAUGCUGAAGUCAAAUUAGUGGACUUUGGUGUCAGCGCCCAGCUGGAUCGAACUGUCGGCCGCAGGAACACCUUCAUUGGAACGCCAUACUGGAUGGCACCUGAGGUCAUUGCCUGCGAUGAAAACCCGGAUGCUACCUAUGACUAUAGGAGUGAUUUGUGGUCAUGUGGAAUCACAGCAAUAGAGAUGGCAGAGGGAGCUCCUCCAUUGUGUGACAUGCAUCCGAUGCGAGCGCUCUUCCUCAUACCCAGAAACCCUCCACCCAGACUCAAGUCCAAGAAAUGGUCUAAGAAGUUCUUCAGCUUUAUCGAGGGCUGUCUGGUGAAGAACUACACACAGAGACCCCCGACAGACCAGCUGCUCAAACACCCCUUCAUCCGAGACCAGCCCAAUGAGAGACAAGUGCGCAUACAGCUGAAAGAUCACCUCGACCGCUGCCGCAAAAAGAGAGGAGAGAAAGAUGAGACUGAGUAUGAAUACAGUGGCAGUGAGGAAGAGGAGGAGGAAGCUCAAGAGCAGGAGGGAGAGCCCAGCUCUAUCGUGAAUGUUCCGGGCGAGUCGACUCUGCGGCGAGACUUCAUCCGUCUACAACAGGAGAAUAAGGAGCGCUCGGAGGCGAUGAGACGACAGCAGCUCCUACAGGAGCAACAGAUGCGUGAACAGGAGGAGUACAAGCGCCAACUGCUGGCUGAACGGCAGAAACGUAUUGAGCAGCAGAAAGAGCAGAGGAAACGUCUCGAAGAGCAACAGAGACGUGAGCGAGAAAUAAGGAGACAACAGGAGCGUGAGCAAAGGAGGAGAGAGCAGGAGGAGAAGAGACGAGUGGAGGAGAUGGAGAGGAGACGCAAAGAAGAGGAGGAGCGCAGAAGAGCAGAGGAGGAAAAGAGGAGAGCUGACCGUGAACAGGAGUAUAUCCGUCGGCAGCUGGAGGAAGAACAGCGACAUCUGGAGAUUCUACAGCAGCAGCUGUUGCAUGAGCAGGCAAUGCUACUGGUAGAUGAGCGUCACAGAAGAAGUGCUCAGGGUUCUCCUCAGACUGUUGGUGUACAGAAACAACCCCCAGCUGUACCACCACGAUCAGACACCUUCUCUAACGGCAGUUCUUCCGAGCAGAGCCACAGACCCAUUGACCCCCAGCAGGAUUUGACAGCGCUGGCUAAAGAACUGCGUGCAGUGGAGGAUGUGCGGCCGCAGCACAAGGCCACAGAUUAUUCCUCCUCUAGCGAUGACUCCGGCACCACUGAUGAUGAUGAUGAUGAAGAGGUCGAUCAAGAUGUUGGUGAGGACUCCACAUCUGGACCUGAAGACUCACGAGGAGGCUCAUCCAGAGUCAGUAAUGGUGAGACAGAAGCAGCAAAGACGAUGGUUGUCCAGGACAAUGACGUGUCCUCAACACCAUGCAAGGACAGCACAUUGGUUGUACGACAGACUCCCACCAUGCCGAAGCACAAGUCUUCCUCGUCUUUCACGCCGUUCAUUGACCCUCGUCUGCUCCAGGUCUCUCCCUCCACCGGCAGUGCUCUCAAUAACGCUGGUUACGGUAAUGAUGCACGACUGCAGGAAGCUCUGCGUCAGGAAGCGUCUCGCAAGGGCUCCGUGGUCAAUGUCAACCCUGUGAACACGCGGCCGCAGAACGACACGCCAGAGAUCCGCAAAUACAAGAAGAGGUUUAACUCUGAGAUACUGUGUGCUGCACUCUGGGGUGUAAAUCUGUUAGUUGGGACAGAGAGUGGUCUCAUGUUACUGGAUCGCAGCGGUCAAGGGAAAGUUUACCCGCUCAUCAGCCGCAGACGUUUUCAACAGAUGGAUGUUCUGGAGGGGCUUAAUGUUCUAGUGACAAUAUCAGGGAAGAAGAAUAAAUUGCGUGUUUACUAUCUGUCCUGGCUGAGGAACAAGAUCCUUCAUAAUGAUCCCGAAGUGGAGAAGAAACAAGGCUGGACCACUGUUGGAGAUCUUGAGGGAUGCGUGCACUAUAAAGUUGUGAAGUACGAGAGGAUCAAAUUCCUGGUUCUAGCACUGAAGAACUCAGUGGAGGUGUACGCCUGGGCCCCCAAACCAUACCAUAAAUUCAUGGCUUUCAAGUCAUUUGGUGAUCUGGUGCACAAGCCACUGCUGGUCGACCUGACUGUUGAAGAAGGCCAAAGGUUAAAGGUCAUCUACGGGUCGUUCUCUGGGUUUCAUGCAGUGGAUGUUGACUCAGGAGCUGUUUACGACAUUUAUCUGCCCACUCAUAUUCAGACGAGUAUUCAGUCCCACGCUAUCAUCAUCCUGCCAAACACUGACGGUAUCGAGCUGCUGGUGUGUUACGAAGAUGAGGGUGUGUACGUCAACACGUACGGCCGCAUCACUAAAGACGUGGUGCUGCAGUGGGGCGAGAUGCCCACUUCUGUGGCUUAUAUCCGUUCUAAUCAGAUCAUGGGUUGGGGUGAGAAGGCCAUAGAGAUUCGCUCUGUAGAGACCGGACACCUCGAUGGAGUUUUCAUGCACAAACGAGCUCAGAGACUCAAGUUUCUGUGUGAAAGAAAUGACAAGGUCUUCUUUGCAUCGGUGCGUUCUGGAGGCUCUAGUCAGGUUUAUUUCAUGACUCUGGGGCGCACCUCUCUGCUCAGCUGGUAAUCAUGCUGACUGCUGAGGAAACACACCACCAACACAAACACAUACUGACAGGACUGCAGAGAACAACGAUGAACCGGAAGUACACAUGCAGGUGCUGAACGCCAGCAGCCAUGCAACACAAACCAGCAGAGUAUGCUGAGUGACUGACUGAACAACACUACAUGCGAUUAGACAAAAAAAUCAAAUUAUGUCCUUGUGCAGCGUGCUGCAUGAGGAAGGGGGUUGAGUAUUCUACAGUAUUAUUGCUAGUCUGUGUAAAUGUCUUUCUCUAGAAAUGAAUAGAAUUUGACUCGACUGAGAAACAGUGAUAUUUUGCUGAUGUGAUGCUCAGACAGUCACAAAUAAUAUUAUGGCAAUGACGAAACACAAAAUGAAUUUGGUCUUUAAGUUUGAUUUAAAUUUUUGUUUAUGUUGUAAAUUAAUUCUUACCAAGCAGAGAAAUUGUGGAGAUUACCCCAAAGGUUAAAUCAUCACCUGACAGACUUUCUCUUCUCCAGUGAGAGCUUUAUGAUGUUAUGAAGGACACAUAACACAAGCAAUUUUGCUUUUGUCACAUCAAAAAAUAGAAACUCCAGAUUUAAUGUGAAUCUCAAGUAGAUUUAAUGCAAAUCUAAUGUGGAUUAAAUGUGAAUCUAAUGUGUACUGUCUUGUGGCAGAAUGUGCAGGAAACUUGUUGCCUCUUUGUUUUUCCUUUUCUGACAUUUCAAAGCAGACAGAUUUAUCAUUUGACAUUUAUAAUUUUUCUUUAAUGUUGAACAACAAUAUAAAGUGUAGUGACUAAGACUUUUAUUUUUGAAAAUACAACAUGUUGGUUAAUAUUAUUGGCCUCACUCGGCUGUAUUUUGAGGAUAACAUCACAAAAUGAGGUGUAGAAAGCUUGUUAAGCAUCCCUGUAAUGUUCUGUUAUUGAUACUGUUUCUGUAUGGUUUCUUUAACAACCAUCUACCAUAAUUUAAUCUGUGUUAGAAAAACUUUACCUUCGGUUGUAUUUAAAAGAUUAUCAAUGUCAUGAACGAUUAUUAUGAUGACUUAAUGAAACUGUUGCAUUAUGUUAAAGGGUUAUUUUCUCAGUUUGUAUGUUCAGUUGAAGCUUCAUGUCUGCUCUCUCCACACAUAGUAUGUAUUUCUGUUCACUGGUUUUGAUUCUGUUGGUUGUAAUAAUUAGUAUUUUGACAAGUUGUUGAACUUUCAGUGAAAUAAUGAAUUAUUUUAUCAGAUUUCUUUAAAGAAAAAAAGUGAAUUGUGACUGGCAAAAACUAAAAAGUGAAGCAUACAUGUGUAGAAACGGCCACAAAACUAAAAAUGAUAUAUUUUACUUUGAUGCGUUAAUCUCUUCUGUACUUGACAUAGUUUAGAAACUUAACUCAUGGAUUUCACAACAAAAGUGACCUAAUAUACAGUAGUGAACUAAAAUUCACCUGGAAGAAGCAACGUUUUGUUACACUAAUGUUCAUUAUUAUAUUGUUGUUUCAUUUAUUUCAUUUCAUUUUUUCUAUUUUACUUUAGUUUUAAACCACGAUUCUUGUUCAUUAAUAAUUCAGACAGUGUUUCCUCAGCGCUGCUUUGACUUUCUGAAUAGAAGUUUGGCUGACUGGUUGUCUGUUUUCAGUCGUGGCACUGUAUUGUAUGUCCUCUCUGUAUAUGACAGGAAGUCCUGUAUUUUCCUGAUGGUCCUUUGUUUACUUUAAAAAUAAACUCAGUUAAAUUUGAGGAAUAA